AUAUUUAUUAGAAUCUUAAAUUUCACAUUCCAAAAACCCUACCUCACCCCUCAACUCUAAACCCUAAGGGUAUAAUUGUCUUUUACCUUUCAUUAAUAGUUAUGGUAAAAGUGGUUAUUGUAAACAUGAAAAGUGGUACUAUGAAUGUGCUAUUUGCAGCAAUUUUCCAUUUUAAAAUUCCUUUGUACACUAUAUUCAUUAUUAAUAAAUAAUAUAUAAAUCUUAGAGAUCACUUGAUAUUCUCUUUCAAUUAUAUAGAAUUACUAAUUUUACUUAAUAUUUAAUUAUGUAUUUUCUGUUUUUUUAAGAUAACAACACAAUAUAUAUAUGAAUUAUCUUUUUAUUUUAAAUAUAUUUUUAAAUUAUUGAUAAUUUUUAUUUUAUUAAUUGUAAGCACUCAUCUAAUCAAAUAAACAUUAAAUUCAUUUUUUAUUUUAUCUAAUUUAUUUAAUUUAUUCAUUAAGCGUAUAAACGAUAUUAAUCGUGCUAACUUUUAACGUGAGAGCUUCGUUCCGAAAAUUUACUUCACAAAUAACAGUAUAGAUGAAGUAAUGAACAUUGUUGCUUUAAAUUUGGAGAAAUGAUGUUCAGGUCUUAAUUUUUUAAGAUGAACUUUGUAAAACGUAAACUGGUACUUAAUCGUUUUUCUUAUUUUUUUCCCAAAAUAAAUUAUAAUGUUAAUAUUAUCCAAUUAAAAGUUUUGACUAUUAUUUUCAUAUAACGUGAUGUUUAUAUCGAAGAGCAUAUGAAUAUUCAUUUUUAGAAAAAGAAUCAAAAAUAAAUAAACUCAUAUCUAAAUUAUAAACACUUUUGUUAAUCAAGUAUUGAAAAACUAUAUAUAUAGUGAUUUUCAAAAAUUAUGAUGUUUUGUGUUUGUUUAUUCAUGUUAUGUAAUAAAUUUAUAAUGUGGGAAUGUUUAAUUUAUAUUAAAUAUUAAUUAUGUUGGAUUAUUGUUAAAAAAUAGUUAUGUAAAAUUAGUAAAUAUGACAAAAUUAAAGUUAUUAAUAAUUGAUGAUAAAGUAGAAAUAGAAUAUACUUGGAAUAGUCCUUUUAUCAGAAAUAAAUUAAGUUGUGAUACACUAUACCUUUGCAUCAAAAGUGUGAUAUGCUAAAAAAAAAUUAAAUGGGAUAUUCACAAUUAACCCCGAGAAAAACAAGAAAGUUGAUUGUAGAAAAAAAAUCUAAGGUGCCAAUAAAUCUUAUUUAUGUCAUUAUAAGCAAUGAUUAUUGAAGAUAAAUGUACGCUUUGAGUGGGCUGUAUAGAAGUAGGACAGUAAACCAUUAGUACAAAACAGUAUCUUCCCAAACACGUGUCCACUAUUGAACACAUUUUUUCAUCUCUCUCUCUAUCUCUCACUCACUCACUUCGUCGUUUCUUUUCACGAUUCUCUUUGUUUUUUCACAUCUAAUUUCUCCAGAUAAACCCUAAUAAUAAUAAAAAAAGAGUAACAAAAUCCUCUUCGUCAUCUUCGCCAAUCUCUGAAAUUAGCGCAUGUUAGUGGGAGGGCAUGGUUCCGCAGUGAGAAACUGACAAGACAAAACUUCAAUUCUCUCUCUCUCCAUCUCUGUCUCGCUGAGCCAUGGCCGAGUUGCAGCGCUUAGUGGAAGGUCACCAGACUAACGGCGGUUUAGGCUUCAUCCCCUCAGCCGAAGCACCGGAAACAUCCGCCGGAUCGAAACGACUGAGAAGACCGAGCGUUCGGUUGGGAGACAUCGGCGGCGGCGACCAGUACCAGCAAGCACCGUACGAUUCGCACGUGCGGCAGCGUCCGAGAUGGAGUAACGGAAAGGAGCCGAAUCAGAGCGGGAAGCCUCCGUCGAGGACUCGAACCCUAACGAACCUGAGCUCCGGGUACGCCCUAGACGAAGAUCCGAUUCCCAUCGGGGCUUUGCGGGUCAACAAGUGGGUCAAAACUUCGAGCGGAGAGAAGCGAGGAGUCAGGUCGAGUUGGGCGGCGAAAGAAGAUGAAGAAGAGUUGGAGGAAGGGUUUCGCGAUUUCAGCAGAGAGGAUUCGGGGAGUCCGGAGGAGGAGGAGGAGGAGGAGGAGAAUCGGAGGAAGGAGAGACAAGGGUUUGAGAGUAGGACAAGGUACGAGAUGAUGUCGGGAGUGAAGAUUUGGCUGCGGGGGUUGGGGUUAGGGAGGUAUUGGCCAAUGUUUGAGAUGCAUGAGGUUGAUGAAGAGGUGUUGCCUUUGUUGACGUUGGAGGAUCUCAAGGACAUGGGGAUCAAUGUCGUUGGGUCGAGAAGGAAGAUGUUUUGUGCUAUUCAGAAGCUUGGGAGAGAGUUUUCUUGAAAGUCUUUUGUUUUUGUGACAGCCAUUGCAAUGUCUGAAGCUCUUUUUUCUUUUUCUUUCAGUAGUGUUUGUAGUUGUAGUAUUAGAGGAUGAAAAGGAAGAAGAAGAAGCAGGUUUUGCUUAUUGGUGAUUGUAUUUGACCUUCUUUUUGUUGGUGUCUUAUGGUUUAGAUAUUGACCAUAACAAUUAUGAAAUUUCUAACAUGCAAAGAGUUUUUGUUUUGGAGAAAUAAAAGCUCUUUUAACA